AUGGGGAGAGGAAAGAUUCCCAUUCAAAAAAUCGAAAAUUUGACGAAUCGGCAAGUAACUUUCUGUAAGAGAAGAAAUGGGUUAGCGAAGAAAACUAGAGAACUAUCUGUUCUCUGUGAUGCAGAAGUUGGACUGAUUAUGUUUUCCUGCACGGGCAAGCUCUAUGAGUAUUCAAACACCAGUGAUUAG